CAGUAGGCCUAUCAGUACGGCCAUCAUCUGUCGCCCGCGCGCUGACAUGAGCUCCUAUUUCGCCAACGUGCCCUCCCCGGCGGCCAACUGGGGGGCGCCCUCGCAGGACCAGUAUGCGUACAUGCAGAGUGCUAAAUACCCCUGUUAUUCGGACCCCGCACAGGCCUACGCGCAGUAUGGCGGCAUGCAAGGCUACCGAUACCCUAGUGCAUACAGCUGCGCCCUCGGGAAUAUGGCCGCCACCAAGGGCGCCUACGAGCAGAGUCCCAGCCCCGCCAUCACCGCCACGGCCGCGACGAGUCCCCUGGGGUACGACCAGGGCCAUAACUACUACAUGAACAGUGCCACCGCCGCCAGGAACGACGAGGCGGUAGCGCAGGCCAUGAGCCAAGCAGUGCCAGACUCCCUCAGCCCAGUGAACAGUGAUUACAGCAGUGUCAAGAUGAACAGCUACGUCGCCGCGAACCCCAUGGCAGGCCUGACGCCCACGCCCGUGAGUUCAGUGCCCGCCCAUCCCCUCAGCCCCAGCGACGCCCUCAGCCACGCCUAUGCCACGGCUCCUGACGCGGUGAUGCAGCCUUACACGUCCAAAACACAGUCCCCGGCCAACUACUACCAGUGGGUGAAGGCCUAUCCUGCAGCAGGGCAAGAACCCGGUUCGGGCCCCAAGAGAACCCGGCAGACCUACACCAGAUACCAGACCUUAGAACUCGAGAAGGAAUUCCACUACAACCGGUACCUGACGCGGCGGCGGAGGAUCGAGAUCUCUCACGCCCUGGGCCUCACGGAGCGCCAGAUCAAGAUAUGGUUUCAGAACCGGAGGAUGAAGGCCAAGAAGGAGUCGAAGAUCUCUUCUGCAGGCGGCGAAGGGGGCGCUGCCGGCGGGGGAGGAGGGGAAGAGAGCGAGGAGAAGGAAGUGUCGAGUGAUCCUAGUUCCUCGCCGGAGCUCCUGACGGCGUCGCUGGCGGGGUCGCUGACGGGGACGCUGACGGGGUCGCUGACGGCGGAGCUGACGGCGACGUGAAUGGAUGAGCGAAGCCCGGAGGAGCAGAGCGCGUCAAACGGGAGGCGAAGAAGAGGGGAAAGAAAAGAGGGGAGAGGGAAAGAGAUAAAUUGAUGAUCUAAUCUGUCACCCCGAGUCUCUCCGAUUCUCGAGUGUUUUUUUAUAUUCACUGACGAUUUUCAGUGUUCGUUUGUUUGUUUGUUUGUAUCUUUACUCUGAAACAAGGCAAGAGAUGCAUUUUGAGUUGAAUGGUGUCUGUUUAUUCAUUUUAUUAUUUUUUCUUCUCUUUGUUAAUGGAACUUUGAAGGUGCAAUAUCAUACCAUAUACAAUCAAAAAUGCAUUAUUUUCUCUCUCUAUUUAUCAACAUCAUUUACAUAUACUCAUUAUACCAUAAAAAAGUGCAAUGGUUUUGAAAAUCACUCGCCUGACCAGGUGGUAGCAGUCAUGACCCUUGACCUCGCUCGGGCAGGUACGUGAAAAUCCUCAUAAUCGGGUCGGGAUCUUACCUGAGGUGUGAAGACGUACGCGUGAUCUUCCCUUCUACCUGUAAGAUUCUUCAUUCUUGUCAGGGUGUGAGGAGGAGCGUAGGAGGAUGGGGGG